AGACUGGUCCCGAAGUGAGCCAUUUGCAUCACUUGGAACUCGUCUGAGAAUCGCAUUCUUUCUGGAACUGCAACCAACCGACAAUUACCAUGGCAUUUGUUGUUAUCCUACUAGCAGUUGUGGUGGCAGUUCAGUCUCAAAUAAUUCAACCAAUCAGAGACUACAGAGUUCCCCAAUAUUAUGAUGAAAGUCCCAAACCUUAUUCAUUCAGCUACACUGCAAUCAACGAAGACGGUGUUGGUCAGAGCUCCCGAACAGAAACAGCCGACGGAACUGGCAAAGUCGAAGGAUCCUAUACCCUAACCAACGACGAAGGCCACACCAGGAUCGUUGACUACAUUGCAGAUCAAGAUGGAUUCCGGGCUGCAAUCCGCACCAACGAACCUGGCACUGACAACAAGAAUCCGGCUGAUGUUGUCAUCGAAUCAGCAGGACCUUAUUCCGACAGACCUCUGCAAUAUGGUCCACCAGUUUUAAACGCCCUAAGAAGGCCAGUCCAGCCACUGGUGGUGGAUCCAGUCGCCCCAGUUGUUGAACCUGUUCCAGUGGUCCCAGAUAACGCCCUUCCACCCGUCAGAAGACCAUUUUACAGACAACCAUCCGUUUAUGCCAACAGAAAUCUGGCCUACCGUCCAGCUAACAGAUAUGCUUACAACAGAUACCCGUAUUAAAAUCGCCAGAUGCCUAUAUUUCCUCAACUGUCAAAAGAACUCCCUGCACGAAUCCAUUUAAGUUCAUUGUUAUGUUCACGUAAUUCCCAAUGUCGUUAUCGGCAUUGAGAGCUUUUAUAAACUCUAAAUUGCAUACUUAACUACUUAACAUAUCUGCUUGCUAUAGGUAAAAUGCAUCUCCGGUUUCAGCUCCGUUAUCUACACAAGACAGCAAUGCAAUUAGUCAAUGUAUUGGCUUUUGUCUUUUCAUGUAAGAUGUGCACACGCAUUUAUCCUAAGAAUAAAAUUCCUUUUUUUUAAA